AUGCCAUCAAUCAAACUUAAAGGAGGACUUUUCCAUGGUCAGUUGGAAGAAGGACGUUAUGCAUCUCAGGAUCAAGUUACUGCUGAAGAAUGGAUGGAAGAUGAAAUUAUUGAAGAACGGUCAGAAGAUGAGGCUGUUGCAAAGUUUGCAGAAAACAAGAUUUUAGAGAAUGUAAUUUCUGAUAAUGAAAUAGAAGAUGAAACUGGCUGGAUUAACAUAACAUAG